AUGGCAGCCUUCCUUGCUGGCGCCAGGCGCUUCAUACAUCGAAAACCGAGGUGGAUGUCGCUGUUCAGCUUCACAACAACGAAACAUCUUCCGGUGCUCAUAGGAGGUUUUACAUUUACGGCCAUUUCUAGUCUUUCGGUUCCCAUAUUCUCCGUACUCUUGGGCGAGAUAUUCAAUACGUUCACACUGUUCGGGGGAGGCAAGGUUGCGAAACAGGACCUAACGCCACAGAUCAGCAAAUACGCUGUCCAGUUGGUUGGACUUGGAGCAAUCAAUUGGGUUUGCAAUAGUGUUUAUUUCAUUCUAUUUGUGAUAUUCGGAGAACUUCAGGUCGCGAAUGCACGCACCAAGCUCUUCGAAAGGCUUUUACAGAAGAGUCAGGAAUGGUUCGAAACGCAGCCGGAUGGCACGAGGGUCUUUCUAUCUUCUCUCCAGGGGCAAGUCGAAGACCUACAGAAAGCAACCUCGCAGCCUCUCGGCCUCGCUUUGCAGUACAGUUUUCGAGCCAUUUUCUCUCUAGCCCUAGCAUUCUUCACCUCCUGGAAUCUUACUCUGGUCACUUUGGCGGGAAUUCCCUUCCUUUCAGCCGCUCUCUCCUUCCUCUCCAAUAAGACGAACUCGUGUAUGGAAGCACAGAAGACAGAACUGGGUCAUCUGUCGCUGAUAGUCGACAAUGCUACUUCAUCAAUCGACAGCGUCAAGUCUUUUAACGGGCAAGAUACUGAGAUCCGAAACUUCGUAAGCAGCGUUGACAAUGCCGCUAUACAUUAUCUCAGACGCGCGCGCUUAACCUCUCUACAAAUAUCCAUAUUGCGACUGAUGACAUUCGGAAUGUUCGUGCAGGGCUUUUGGUAUGGGAGCUCUUUGGCUACCUCCGGUGAGAUUUCAGCAGGAGAAGUGCUCAGGACAUUCUGGGCUUGCUUAGCAGCUGCCCAGUCAAUGGAAUUCCUUAUGCCACAAAUUGACGUCCUAGCAAAAGGAAAGGAUGCAGCCCUUUCUCUGAUCCACACUUUGAGCUCGGAGUCAGAGGAUACUGUUCGAGGGGAGGGGAGGGGUUCCGUUUAUCCGAAGUUUUGCGAAGGCGAUAUCGAGGUCAGCAAUGUCUCCUUUGCUUACCCAGCGCAGCCGAACAGACCAGUCUUGAAGUCGACAAGCUUUUUCUUUCCCGCCGGAGAGACAACCUUCGUUAUUGGCAGAAGUGGAUCUGGAAAAAGCACGCUUGGACAGCUGCUCACACGCUUCUACUUACCACUAUCCGGGGAGAUUCUGAUAGAUGGGGCCCCCAUCCAAUCUCCGAGCAUCGACUGGAUAAGGAACAAUAUUACUUUGCUGGAGCAGCGAAGCGUUUUGUUCAACGAAUCUAUCUUCAUGAAUAUCGCCUUUGGUAGUCGCAACUAUGAAGGACUCAGCAAGGUUGAUGUACGUGAGUGUAUCGAUCUGGCAAGGUUACAAAGCACAAUAGACGAUCUACCUAAGGGAAUCGACACUUGCGUGGGUCACGGUGGUGAUUUCCUAAGCGGUGGUCAAAAGCAAAGAGUGGCGAUUGCAAGGGCGCGGUUAAGGGAUACGCCUAUAUUGAUAAUGGAUGAGCCUACAAGUGCCCUUGAUGCCACCAACCGCGUCGAAAUAACGAAAGCUAUCCGGGAAUGGCGUCGAGGGAAAACAACUAUCAUCAUCACACAUGAUAUGUCGCAAAUCAUGGAUCACGACUUUGCCUACAUCAUGGACCAAGGCUCGGUUAUUCAAGCUGGCUACAGACAUGAACUGGAGGAGAGCAAUACUAUACUUCCUGUGAAUGAUGUCGUCAAUGAGAUCAACAGGGCCAGAUCAAAGCAUCGGAAUAAGCGGCCAUACAAGAAUGCAGCACGCCUCGCGCCGCAGGAAAGCAUGUCUUUAGGCCGGAUCAUGUUGACCAUACUCCCUAACCUGACUCGAGGUCAAAAGCUGCUUCUUUUGCUUGGAUGUUUCAGCACCCUAGGUCACUCGAUGGCUACUCCGCUGUUUUCUUAUUGCCUGUCGAAGCUCCUUGAGACGUUUUACAACAGGCAAGCCAAAGCCUCAACAUGGUCACUGAUAGUACUAGGAAUAGCCGUAGGCGACGGCGUUAUAUCAUUUCUGAUGCAUUAUCUUCUGGAGCUAUGUGGCCAGGCGUGGGUUGAUCGUCUCCGCAAAAGAGGUUUCCAACAUAUUCUUGACCAGCCACGAAAAUGGUUUGAAGAAGCAGGAAAUGAACCUUCCCAACUCACCUCGUCCCUCAAUCACAGUGCUGAGGAGAUGCGAAACCUGGUCGGUCAUUUCGGUGGCUACGUUCUGGUGGCUACUUCAGUCACCGUGGUGGCUAUCAUAUGGUGCAUGGCUGUUUGUUGGAAACUGACCCUCGUGGCAGUGGCUUGCGGACCAGUCAUCUAUGCCAUCACCAGAGGGCUCGAGAAAACCACCGGAAUAUGGGAGAGACGUUGCACCGGGGUCAAAACGACAGCGUCGGAGAUAUUCAUCGAGACAUUCUCGCAGAUUCGCACCGUCCGCACAUUGACCCUUGAGCCUUACUUCCACAAGAAGCAUAUGAAGGCCGCGGCACUAUGUAUGGUCCUCGGAGUGAAGAAAGCUGUCUAUACCGGCUUUCUCUUUGGACUGGUAGAGUCCAUGAUCAUAUUCGUCAGCAAUCUGACCUGCGCAGGCCUAAUCUUCUAUUACGGAGCUGUCCUCGUAUCAUCUCUUGAAUUUACCGUCACCAGCCUCAUGACUGUCUUCUCUGUCCUUCUCUUCAGCAUUGGCUACGCAAGCACAGUACUAUCAUGGAUCCCCCAGAUCAGCGUUUCCCACAUAAUGGCCAACCAAGUCCUACGCCUAGCACACCUUCCACGCGGCGCAUCCCACGAACACCGGGGCACUCUCAAAAUCACCACAGCCGCACCAGUAAAGAUCACCAACCUAAAUUUCUGCUAUCCAUCCCGCCCGGACGCACACGUCCUACGCGACGUAUGCAUCACCAUCCCCCGAAACCAAAGCACAGCAAUCGUAGGCCGAUCAGGCUCCGGCAAAUCCACAAUAGCAUCCUUACUCCUGAAUCUCUAUGAAGCCCCCACCACCACCACCACCUCCUCCUCCACAGACAGAAGAACCUCUCCUAUAUCCCUCAACGGAAUCGACCUCCAACGCAUCCACACCCCAACCCUCCGCUCCCUCAUCACCAUCGUCUCCCAACGACCCUCCAUCUUCCCCGGCACAGUAGCAGACAACAUCAGCUACGGCCUCGAAGACGACUCCCCGCUCCGCACAAUGUUCCACAUCCGCGCCGCAGCAGAAGCAGCCGGGAUCGACGAAUUCAUCACAUCCCUGCCCAAGGGCUACUUCACCAUGAUAGGCGACGGCGGGGCCGGUAUGUCGGGGGGACAAGCGCAACGGCUGGUAAUUGCACGGGCGUUGGUGCGACAGCCACAGCUUCUUAUCCUGGAUGAAGCCACGUCCAGCCUUGAUCCGAAUAACGCUCAGAUCAUUCGACGGACCGUGCAGAGGUUGGUCGCGACGCGGAAGGGCCUUACUGUCCUUAUCAUUACGCAUGCAAGGGAUAUGAUGGAAAUUGCGGAUAAUGUUAUUGUGAUUGACAAGGGUCGUGUGGUGGAAGCGGGGAAGUAUAAGGUGCUUGCUCGGCGGCAGGGUGGGAAAUUAAGGGCUUUGAUUGAGGAGGAGGAGGAGGAUUCUGAGGUGGAUGGAUGA